UCAAGAAAUCAAUAUUUUUCUUUAAAAAACUUAAAAUAUGAAUCUACUUAAAUAUAAUAAACUUCAAUUUAUUUCUAGAUAUUAAUUUUGCUCUACAAAUAUUCAUUUUUCUGAUAAUAUUUACGCUAUAGCUUCAGGAAAUGUUAAAGCAGGUGUUUCAAUUAUUAGGAUAAGCGGGUCUAAUUGCUUACAAGCAGGAUAGAUGCUUGUUUAAAAUGCAUAGCAAAGAUAGCUUAUAAAAGGGAUGAACAAUUCUUAAGUAUAGGACUAUCUUAAUCUCAAAAAUAGAUAUGCUCAUUUUAAAAAAUUAUAUUCUUUGAUAGACCCUACAGUUUCUCCUCAAAACCAAUCUUUUCAAAAACAGGAUUUAAUUUACUAAUAAAUCGAUUAAGGAAUUUUCAUGUACUUUUAAGGGCCAAAGAGCUACACUGGAGAAGAUAUUGUUGAAAUGCAUAUUCAUGGCAGUAGAGCAUUAUAAAAGAAAGUACUUUUAGAACUUUCUUAGCUUAAUAAUUUCAGAUUGGCAGAUCCAGGAGAGUUCACAAAGAGAGCAAUGAUAAAUAAUAAAUUAGACUUGCUUGAAGUAGAGGGGCUUGCUGACCUUCUAAAUUCAGAAACAGAGAGUUAAAGAGUUUAGUCAACUCAAUAGUUUCUAGGAAAGUCUAGUUAAAUUUUAGAAGAUUGGAGGUUUUAGCUUAUUCGUGCAUUAGCCCAUGCAGAAGCAUUUAUUGAUUUCGAGUCAGAUUAGGAUGAUGUCGAAUUUAACAUCUUAGGUAAAACUUAAGAAAAUGUAUAAUAAGUUAUUAAGGAUAUAAAUGAGUAGCUUAGUGAUAGAAAUAGAGGAGAAAUAUUAAGAGAUGGAAUGAAGAUUUCAAUUAUAGGUAAGCCUAAUGCUGGAAAGAGCACUCUGCUCAAUUGUCUAGCAAAAAAAGAUAUAGCUAUUGUAAGUGAAAUUCCUGGCACUACUCGUGAUGCACUGUCAGUUUCUUUGAAUAUUUCUGGUUUUCCAAUACUUCUUUAUGACACUGCAGGAAUUAGGUAGACUAAAGAUGUAAUUGAAGAAAAAGGUGUCAAUAAAGCUCUAUAACAUGCUAGAGAGUCAGAUUUAAAUAUUUGGAUAAUUGAUAUAGAUGAUGUAAUAAAACAAGCGGAUGGGUCGUAUAUUGUUUAAGACAUCAAAGAGAUAUCAGAAAUAUUAGAAUCAAAUUAGAAUACUCUUAUAUUUAUAAAUAAAAUUGAUAAAGUCAACUCAUAAAAAGAAAUAACUGACAUUACAAUAAGAGAUAAAAAAUUUAAAAUAGAUGGAUAAAUAUCAGCACAACAUAAUUAAAACAUAAACUCCCUAUUAGAUAAAUUAACUAAAAAAAUUAAUGAGAGAUUAGAUAUCACUGAUGGAAUAAUGAGCAGUGGGACUAUAUCAAUUAUAACUUAAACAAGACACAGAUUAGAAUUACAAAAAUGUUUAGAACACCUGGAAAUUUUCUCAAGAAAUAAGCAAAACUUACCAGUUGAUAUUGUGUGUGAAGAAUUAAGAUAAGCAGUUAAUUGUAUAGGAAGAAUAACUGGUAGAGUGGAUGUUGAAGAAGUUUUAGAUGUACUCUUUUCAGAAUUUUGUAUUGGAAAGUGAGAAAAAAAUAUAAUAUUUAAUCAUAUAUUCAAUCAGAAUCAAUUCAUUUUUAAAUCAAAAUAUAAAAUAAAUUAUUUUAAUUAUGUUCGUUAAUUUAUUUAUUUAAGUUUCAUUUAUUGUUUGUUUCCACCAGGUCAUCUCUUUACUUAUUUUAUUUUAAUAGCUUUUUCUCUUUUUUUGUUUUUUUUUCUUUUACUUUAUCUCGUUAAACUUAGCUUAGCAUUUCUUUAGUCCAUACUAUAUUAUGCUCUACCAUAAACUAUGCUAUUCUUGCUAUAUUUUUAGAGUCGUCUAACCCAGAGUGGUGUGUUCCUUAAAGCUCAAGAUUUAUGGCUUUUAGCAUUGCUACCAUACCUGGAGGUUUAUUCCAUUUAAUAAUACUUUCUGUGUACCAUUCUUUAGGAAAUUAUUUUUUUAUGUUGAUAUAUUAUUUAAAGUAUUAUGGAUAAUUUAUUUUCUUGAAUUUAGCCUCUAAGCGUAAACAUUAACCAAGAUCAAAAUCACCACAACAAACAAAAGCGAAUUUUUUAUCAAUAAUACCCAUUUUAUUUAAAAAUUCAUCAGCUUACUAAAUAGCAGAUUCUAAAAUGACUCCAUUAUCCACUUAUUCUUAAGUUAUGUGGGUCAGUUCAGUGCAAAAUUUUGUCAGAAUAGGAUGAUAAGUAGGUUUAACAUAUGUAUGAAAGUAUUCAGGUAAAAUUACAUUUUUUUUAAGGUCUAAAAUAACUAUAGGGAAUUCUAUAAUCUCUUAAACAUUUAGUUUUUCAUCAUUACUGCAUGUAGCUUCGAAAUCUAAGAUCAAGAGAAAAUCAAAGUCAUGAUUUAGAUUUAUUUUUUCUUCCAAAUUUUAUUUUACUUCUUCCAUAAUAAUUAAUUACAAAAUCAAUUAAUU